CGUCUUUAGGUCACAGUUGGCAACUUGGCAUCCAGAACGCCCCCUGGUGCACUUUCAAUCAUUAAUUUUCAAGGUCAGAAACAUUGAGCUUGCGUCUCACCUAAGAGUGUAUUCUUCGGGUGGUUUCCUGACAAUUUUUCCACCCUCUCCCCGUGUUUUUGUGUUCAUUUUGGCGUUCACACAUGUUCCACCCAUAGAGGGCAACCUAGAAAAAAAAAAAAUCGUGUGUGUUCAACCGGGAGACAGACGAGAAUGAGCUCGUGUACACUUCCCUUUUUGAUUCAUCGAUUGCAGAACAUUGUCAAAUAAAUUUGGUAACACUAUUGAAAGAGAUAAAUAAAUAAAUACUGAGUGUGAUUACUCUGGCAAAGUGUGGGUCAUGUGGACCACCUGUAGAGUAAUGUAAUGAAUAACUGUGCGAACUCUACUACUGGUACGAAGCUACGGGGAUCCAAGAGCUCGGAGCUUCGAGAGGAGUCAUCAAACGGCGAUAAAACCGAGGACGCUGAUAAGACGGAUAAGAAGUCAAAGAAAGAAGUAACAGAGACAGAGGCAUCGAGCAACGAUUUUGGUGUACCAAAGGGAACACUUGUUAUUUGUCAGAAGAGCUGUGGAGGGCUUGGUGAUCACAGUUUUAGUCGUAUUAAGCAGAGAAACAGUUGCGGCGUCAACCGCAAUGAAGUGCGUAUGGCUCGUGGGAGUAACAGUGGUGAGCGAGGUCGAGGGAGAAGUGGUAGGGCAUUCAAAAAAGGCCAGGAUCGCGAUGGCAACACAGAGGGAUAUCACCCAACGGCCAGACAAAAAUUUCAAGAAUCGUUGAAGAAUCAGGACAACUGCUCGAACAAAUAUUACGAUGACAAGAGAAUAAACGGUAAUGUUGAAGAUGAAUCGAGAAUAACGAAACUGUUGCGGCGGUUGUGUCGAGAGGAUGACUACGAUCACUUUUUGCCCCUUGUUAAGCAGGUGCAGGAGGCCACUGUGGCACCUGAUAACUAUCGAAUCAUCAAGCGUAAUUUAGAAGCAAUUUGUGAGACACUAUACGAUAUUUUACAUCUUGAAUUGGGUAAUGAGGCUAAACAGCAUACUGCUAAAUGUUUUACAAUGAUUGGAUACGUCAUCAGUUCAGAUUUCAAGAGAUUCUUAGAAUGGAUUUUUGGGAAGUACGGAGUUGAGAGGAAAGAUGAUUUGAAAUAUUUGUUGAUGAAAUCUUUUGGUGAUGUGCUAAAAAUGGAUAUUACAACUCAAAAAUUAAAGGAUCAUGCGAUGACAAUAAUGUCACGCCUACAAUCCACCCUUGAAAAUGUUGACAGACCGGAUCUACUGAUGGCAACAGUCGAUGCAAUUUUGAUAGUCACCGAUUUGUAUCCGGAGACAUUUUCAGAUCACUUUCGUGAUGCUGUAGAUAUUCUCGUAGGUUGGCACAUUGAUUUUACCCAACCGAAAUCAGUGACAGCCUACGCAAGUCAAAGUCUCCAACGUUUGCACGAUUUUUGGAUUGCUGACCUCCAGUUUACCCUGAUGUUGCUGAGUCAAUUUUUGGAGGAUAUGGAGAGUUACGACGAGGAAUUAACAAUACCAAAUUCAGGAAGCAGUUCACCUGGGGAGGAUCCUCCACCUGGCCCCAAAGAAUGUAUCCUACGGAUUACAUCCCUCAUAUCAGUUUUCAACACAGUUACCAAGAGUGUCGGAGAGUCAUUGAAUCCAACGGUGACACCUGCAGUGCAAUGGUCCUUCCUCACUGAUUGUCUCUCAAAAAUGCUGCAGACUGUUGUCAAAGCUAUCGAGCUGAGUGAGAAGACUCUGGAGCAAUUGGAAGCCGGGGAACAAGAGAAUGAAGCCCCAGAAGACGAGCAAGAGCCUACCGACAGUCCUGAAGAGGUCAAGCACCUAUCAGACUCGAUGAAAGGUCUCACUCUCUCCCAAAAGAACAUCGACACUCUCGUAAAAAAAGUGAACGAGGAUUGUAUCAACGACCAGAAGCACUUCUUCAGGAUAAUAAAAUCAAUGAAUUCAAAUAAAAGACGCGAGGAUAAGAAAAAUGCCAAGAGCAGUGGAGAUAGAGAUAACGAGAUCGAAGAGGAUAAGUUGAAGACUCUUCUGAAAUUGCUAAAAUCAAUUGAACUGAAGAACAAGGAGAGAAACAAAGUCCCUCUGGAUCUCUCCCAGGAGAAAGAAGACUUGAUCAUCGCAUCGAACGAGUGCAUCUGCCACUUCCUGGGCCUCCUCCAGAGUCGAGUGACCAAAAAUCACGAAUUGUUAUACAAAUUUCUUGAUAUUCAACUCGAGAAGAUCGACAUUUUCCUGGACGACACUAUUAUCUCAACCCUGAACUUUGUUUCGAAGCUCAUAAAGGAGGUCUCAGCGAAUUUACCACUGGAAUUGGUGCAUAAGCUUCUUGGAAGUCAGUCCGUGCUCUUGAAGCUGCGAUUUCGUCACUCAACAGCUAUUCAAGGUGGAAGUCUGGCGGUAUAUCAUAGUCUCCUGGGGCUGAAGAAUAUUCCUCUGCUUCAGGAAGCCUACAGAUACAUUCUGGGGGACCUGGAGAUCGCUUACAAGCUCAUACUACCUCACUUCGAUGGUCUCGUGUCGAGCAAUCCCUUGCCAGACGUCAAGUACCAUCUCAAGGAUGCAGAAAUAGUCGUCCUGUUUCUUUUGAGAGCUCUCUCGGAUCUCGCUAACGCCAGUAAUUCUAUAAUCGGCAUGUGGGCGUUAAAACCGAGUAUUCUCGAGCUUCUUGCUGUGAAAAUGAUUCCGCAUGACAUAACUCUCACCAAAAAUAGUCCACUUCUGCAAAAUUGCAUUCUUUUUCUUUUGUACGCUCACUGCUCUCGCUACAAUCACUUCGUACCCAGUUCCAGUCUUAUCACUGGUCCCAGCAGAUCUAUCGACAUUUUUCCUGGAGCCCUGGACGUUCCAACAGCCUCUCCAACCAGUGGACACCUCUCCACAAUUCUCAAUCUCAUAUCCAGAUGCUUCGAACUCAAGGAUAUCUCCGAGCAGACGAUAUUACUACUUUGCAAAUGGGUUCAGGAGAUCAAUACACAGGCAGAAACUUAUCUGGGGAUUCUCAAGGAUAAGGACGACUUCAAGUUAAUUGUCUCGAGCUUAUUGGCCCGUGGGGCCACUACCAAUUCCAGAAUCGCCCUGGCUAUUUGCAAUAACCUAGAGAUCUUGUUGAAUGACAAAAAAAUUAACUGGUCAGAGUCUGUCUACUUGGGAGUUAUUGAUCUGGCGAUACUUCAUCUGACAUCAUUCAACACCACAGUGAGAAAGAAAUAUGGAGCUCUGUUGAUCAAUGUACCUGUGCACAUCGUGAUUCCCAGGAUAAACAGGCAGAACCUGCAGUCAGAAACUAAGAAACUCCGUACAAUCGAUAAUUACUCUGUGGAGUCCCUCACUAUUGCACAACGACUUCACAUGCGUGGGAACUUUGGGGGCUCAAGCAGUUCUGGAAAUUCCAGUGGCUCGGGUGAGAUGCAGGCUCAACAUUUCAAGACCUACAUGACAUAUCUUCUCCAAGAUUACGAUUUCAAUGCCAUGGGAUUGUCGGAGAUUUUCACUCUGUGCUGGUCAACAAUAUCAGAAUCCGAGACAUUGGCGAAAAUGUAUAAAUUUGGACUGGUGAAUCGUUCGUUUCUGUUUUUCUGGAGUGGAAUGGAGGCUGCCCAGCACUGCGUAUUGAAUAAACUGAGAACACCACUGGGAAAGCCCCCGGAGACAUUCACGAGUAUUGAGGGAGCUCUGAAGGCACUGGCAAGAGAGAUCUCGUACAAACAGGACAACGUAAAGAAGGAUGAGAGAGGUCUCACCGACUCCCUCCACGAGCACACUAGAGUUAGAUUGCUUAUUGAAUUCCUAGAGCAUUUAGAGAGGGUCAUUCACAAUGCCGCUGAGGGGUGUGCAGUGGCCCUUGCACCACUUCCAAAACCAGUUAGAACUUUCUUCCAUACUAAUAAAUCCACGUGCAAAGAGUGGCUCAUUCGAAUUCGCCUGGCUCUGUGUGUUGUUUCGCUUCAUGCUGGUCUUGCAACUAAUGCAUUGAGGAAUGGCCAGAGAUUGCUGGAGGAUUUGGUGGAUGUUAAAGUCACCCACAGGGCGGAGUUCGAGAGAGUUACAUUGUGCACUGCACAGGCACUUGUUAUCUUAGGGGAAACCGAAGCACUUCAGGGUCUUUAUAUUUACGCGAAGGAGAGAGAGAGGAAGUUUCCCUGGCUCAAAGCCGCCAUGGAGGAGGCAGCUGGACGUUAUGAGAGUGCAGCUGAAAGUUACAAGGCUAUCCUAAAGGAACAUCCCUGUGUUAAACUCCAAGAUUCAGAGGCUGAGAAACCAGACGAACCGACUGCCGAUGGAGAUUCUCAUGUUGCUGCUUUUGCCAUGCAGCAUCUGACACGCUGUUAUCUUGCUAUUGGAGACUGGACCCAAUUAGAAGCCUGGAAGAUGUGGGAAUCCGAGAUUCUUAAGAGGGACAGUAAUUAUUCCCUCAGAAAACAGAUCUUGGGAAAUGUUGUCACGCAACAGGCGAAAUCCUUGAAGGAUUUUGAAAGUGGCGGCACUAACACCAUUGAGGAACUCUCUGAUUGGACUCUGUUGCAUGAGAAAGCCAACACCAACUGGAGCUGCACGAAGACGAUGUUGGAAGCCUCGAAUACUCUCUUUAAUGUGGCUCUGAGGAUUCGGGCUGGGGAUGAGGACAGAGAGUUUUGCCGGGAGAAGGUGGAGCUCUGCAAGAGAAUCGCUGCAAAGACGAUCGAGGAGGGCCUUAGAAAUAUGCCAUCGGAGUACUUGAGUGACUCUAUACUCAUGCAGUACUCCGCUCAAGGUCUUGCUGAUCUUCUCGAAGGGAAGAGUGCGAAUGGUUUCGAUCUUUCUAAUUCAGAAGGGGUGAAGAAUCUUGGAUGCAACGUGAUGGGACAGAUUCUCUGGUGGUCUGACUAUUUCUCCACGAGCUCAACUGCCUCCACUAGUAAUGUAUCAGGGCUGAGACUGGAUUUAAUCAAAAGUGCGCGUAAAGAGGGCAAUUUCAAAUUUGCCAAACGAGAGAUGAUCAAAUACUUCUCGAAAGAACAUCUUUUGGGAUUCGAAUUGAGCGCUUUAGGAAAUCCACCAGACUCACGGUUUUCAGAGCUCACGAAUAUUAUUUUGGACAGCCAGAUCGCCAUCAAAUGGACACAGAACAACAUGAGGGCGUUCAGAGAGAUGGCAAAGUUGUUGUAUAGUAUGGAACUGAUUGAAGAUGCUGUGAAGGUGUGCAGUGUCACUGCGCUUGGGAUAUCGAGGGCAAUUGUCUGUGGUGACGAACCAGCGGAUAACUUGAGGGAAACUGGUACGAAAUUGAUGCUGACACUGGGUAAGUGGAUCCAACAGCAAGAGAAGAAUGUAACAGAGAGCCCUCAAUUGAACGAAUUAUUGAGAUUCGAGGCUGUCCAUAACGAUGGAUUGAUGAGCAAGCUAUUUGGACAAACGACUGAAUUGAUACCCCACUCGGAUAUGAUAAUUGGUAAGUUAAUGCAGCUUGGAGUGAAUCAGUGUCCUGAGCUGCCUGAGGCUUGGGCUGAAUUCGCUGCCUGGUGUUACAAAUGGGGAAGAAAAAUAGUGGAUAACUCGCAUUCAGGACAAUUGACUGAGACCGACGUUAACAAUAUCAGGGCGCUGUUGCCUCUGGAUACCCCAGAGGCAGACUCUAAUGAAAUUCUCGCAAUUCUCAGUCAGAAUAAGAGCAUCCCUGAGGAUGAGGGAGAUAUCGAGACAAACGAGGUGAAAACAUCCGAUAUGAUUGAGAAUCAACUUCGUCAGGUUCCAGUUCUGGCUCUCGCCACAACUGAACAUUUGAGUCUCCUGGUGGAUAUCUGGAGACAGGCACAGAAGAGAAUUUACUCGUAUUACGAGCUGUCAGCAAAUGCUUACUUCAAGUAUUUAGAGCUUGCGAAUGGGGAGUCCAAUGAUUGUGCUACAAUAACCGCGACCUUGAGACUUUUGAGGCUUGUGGUGAAGCAUGCACUUGAACUCCAGCAUGUUCUGGAGGCUGGACUGUCGACGACCCCCACUGGGCCCUGGAAGGAGAUUAUUCCACAGUUGUUCUCGCGAUUAACUCAUCCAGAGGCUUACGUCAGGACCAGGGUCUCUGAGCUUUUGUGUAGAGUUGCUGAGAACAGUCCACAUUUGGUCACCUUUCCAGCAGUGGUGGGGGCAUCAUCAGAUCACAGGAAGGACUUCGAGGAGAUUCCAGCGAGGUACGAGAGGGCUGAGGACUCCCCCAAUGAUUUUGACUUCGACGUGGACGAGGUGGACAUCGCCAUUCAAUCAGGAAACAACGAGGACACUGACAGCCACGACGAGGAGCACAAAACUUUCAUGGACGCCUGCUUCGCUCAACUGCAAGAGUGCCUUUCUAAUGGAAUCCAGGACUCCGUCAGUCACGUGAAAAUUCUCGUGAAAGAGCUGAGAAGAAUUACACUUCUCUGGGACGAGCUGUGGCUCGCAACUCUCUUCCAACAUCAUACAGAAAUUUCCAAACGGUUUGAACAGCUCGAAUUUGAGAUCCAGAAGGUUCUUGAUAAUGCUUGGAUAACGAGUGAAGACAAGGAGAAAUUAAUCACGGAAAAACACAGGAUUAUUCUCAAACCAAUAGUUUUUAUUCUGGAAAAUUUAUCAGCUAUGACUUCAGUCCCAGCUGAGACACCUCAUGAGCGACAGUUCCAGGAGAAAUUCGGUCCAGCUGUCGAGGAAGUAAUCAGGAGGCUGAAGAAUCCCAAAAAUCCUGCCAAGCCUCAACUGGCGUCAACUCCUCUCAAACAGCUGGAGGCAAAGCUGGCCCAGAGAGUGAACAGACGAGGUGCUUAUUCCCUCUCAAUGGCGGAUAUCAGUCCAGUCCUUGCCAGUAUGAAGGACACGAAAAUAGCAAUGCCAGGGGUGUUUGCAGUGGAUAAACAUAAAAUCGUAACGAUAAGAUCUGUCGACAAUAACGUUCAGAUUCUCCCUACAAAGACAAAACCGAAAAAACUGAUGUUCCAUGGAUCUGAUGGUCACGUCUAUACGUACCUCUUCAAAGGCUUGGAGGAUCUACACCUGGACGAGAGAAUUAUGCAAUUUUUGACAAUCUGCAAUACAAUGAUGUCGAAGAAUAAUGACACAAGUAGAACGUACAGAGCUCGUCACUAUUCAGUGAUUCCACUUGGUCCAAGAUCAGGUUUGAUCCAGUGGGUGGACGGUGUGACUCCCUUAUUUGCACUAUACAAACGCUGGCAGCAGCGAGUGAGCGCAAUGGCUGGGACCAAAGGAGGAAGUGGGGCUCCAGCAGUGAUGAGACCCUCAGAGCUGUUCUACAAUAAAUUAGCUCCUCUCUUGAAGGAACGAGGAAUUCCCCUGGAGAACAGAAAAGAGUGGCCACUGCCUGUUUUAAAACAAGUUCUGUCUGAACUGAUGGCAGAGACCCCGAAAGACCUGUUAGCAAAGGAGAUCUGGUGCAAUAGUAUCAACGCAGGUAACUGGUGGCAGGCGACCAAGAGCUACUCAUACUCAGUGGCAGUUAUGUCGAUAAUUGGAUACAUCAUUGGCCUUGGGGAUCGACACCUUGACAAUGUUCUCGUUGACUUAAACACCGGGGAAAUUGUUCACAUUGAUUACAACGUGUGUUUCGAGAAAGGAAAGACCCUGCGAGUCCCUGAGAAAGUGCCUUUCAGGAUGACACCGAAUAUCAAGACAGCUUUGGGUGUUACUGGGGUCGAGGGCAUCUUCAGGCUGGCGUGCGAGCACACUCUUAGAGUUAUGAGGAGAGGCAGGGAGACAUUGUUGACACUGCUGGAGGCAUUUGUUUAUGAUCCUCUAGUGGACUGGAGAGCUGGAGCUGAGAACUCGAUAGCUACCUAUGGAGCCUGCCAGGCGAGGGCUAGGUGUACUGGAGUCGGAAGAAAACAGCUGGAAAAAGAACUGACUAAAGCAAUGUUUGCAGUGAGAACAAUUGAAAUGAAGACCGAGUGGUUUCUCAACAGAGACGUUAUGCUGAGAAAUCUUCCAGCACUCUCCAGACAGCUUGAGGAGUGGCUGGAGACUCAUGAAGCCACUCGACAGUGCCAGGACUUGUUGCAGGAUCGUCAUCAGCAGUUGGGGCUGAUCAAAGAGGCUCAGGCCAUCGGUAGAAGCCAUGGGCUAUACUCAGUGAUUAAACGAUAUAGUACGUUUAAACGAGCGAGAGAUGCACAUGAUAAAGCGAAAUUGUGUCUCGAGGAGAAGAUGCAGGAGUGUGAGAAGCAGAUGAGCAUGCAUAAUAUGGCCCUCACUGCUAUUCGGGGUCCACAGCUCGCCAGGUGGUUAUCAGAGCUUGGAACUCUAACAACCGCUCAUGAGGAUCACAUGGUAUUUGAUCUUGUGAAGGAGUUCCUCCAAAAUGCUGGACAAAAUCAGAUGAUCGUACAGUGUGAACAAUCGGAGAAUGAGCUCACACAAUUGGCGACUCAAGAGUCUCUACUCAUUCGUUCCUCUCUGGAGUUGUUGAGCCAGUACUCAGCUAUUUGCAGUUUCUAUCCAGUCAGUGCAAUAUCACAGCAUCGAUCAGUCAUGUAUCACACCUGGUUGAGCCACAUGUUGACUACCGGAUCUGUGGAAGUUUGCCGCGAUGUUAUGGGACAAUUUGAGAUGAAUUUUGAUGCUUCACGUAAUAAUGAAGCCAAGUUACAGAGAAUUAUUGCCUUUUCAUUUCAAAUACAGGGAAUUAUGAAAGAUACCAAUGAAAAAUUUGCCAAGUAUUACGAGAAAAUGGUGGCGAAUGAAGGACUUCCAGAUGCACAGGCGAAAAUUGAUAAGACUUAUGCUGAUACCAGGCUUCAGAUAAGCAAUUUUCUUCGAAGAGAAAAGGGGGCUGAGAGAGCUCUGGAGGCUGUCAACACAACAGCUCUCUGUGCAUUGAAUAAACGAUAUCUCAUAAUGGAGGGUGCUGCUAAAUGUGCUGGUGAAUGUUUAGUGGAUUUAACGUCGAGAGAGGGGGACUGGUUCCUCGACGAAAUGCGUCUGAUGUCUUCCUUGAUUGUUGAACUUGUCACAAUUAUACCACUAAGUACUACAGAUGAGGAUUUCUCCAUGAGGCGAUCCCUGGAGUGUCUCAGAGGUGCUGACGAAAUUUACAAAGGACUUCAAGAGCUCAAUUAUAAUUUCCAGAUGAUUAUUUUACCUGAGGCUUUCAAAACAAUCAUCACUGAAGAGCCUAGUGUGGUGCUGAUGGUGAACGAAGUAGAUGAGAUAAUAAUCUCAAUUGGAAUUCCCCUCGUGGAUGUGCUGAAUCAACUAGAACUGCAUUUGAGAUUUACAUUGAUGGAUAUGGAGAGCCCCCACGUGCUAGUUCAAUCCCUGGUAUCGAGUGUUCGUGUUCAAUUCGAUGCGUUGUUGUCGAGACCUCCGGAAUUACGUGAGGUGGGUCAGGACUCCGAGAGCUUGACCCCUGGACAAAUGUUAUUGAUGGGAUUCAAUGGACUGUUCGAGAAGCUCCAGAUAGAGGCCAAUACUUUAGUAUCAACUCUGGGCUCACUGGACAUACCUGCCUGCUGGAAGAAGAUCGAUCAGAUCAGAGAGGCCAAGGAAAUAGCAGCACCCAUAUUCCACGAAGGGGCUAGACGAGUUUUAGACGAUAUUUUUCUUGUAAAACGAUUGCAAGCAAUUCAAGAGUUUUUCACGAUGUGCCGGGAAAUUGGAAAUGCCUUCAAAGGAAAUGACAGACCGAUGAAUAUUUACGACGACGAGAGACUGAAUAAACCAGUCAAAUCAUUUACUGCCGAUUAUGUGUCAAGACAAUUGCUAGGGGUGACAUCCCAAACGUUGGCUAUUGUCCUCUGUUUACUACUACAGGAAAUGGGUUUAAAUGUCACGGAGGAGAUUGAACAGAGGGACAUUGGGGCAGAGAGUAAAGUAUCUCUGGAGGAUCUCUGCAGGAAGAAUAUGGAUAUUUCCCUGAAAUCUGGAGUGUUCACUGGGGCCGCCUUGGGGCAGGCUAGUGCCCUUUGCAGCAGCCUCGAGGGUGUCUGGAGGCGCAAACAAGGAGCCCGAGUAGCCCAGCAGAGUGUCGAGAUCGCUAGAGCCACUCUCCAAAGACUGCAGAUUGAAUUCACUGCACAUCAGUGGCUCCAUGAGGAUAGCUUCCUCACUAGAGCUAAUCUCACUCCCAUGAAUCCCCUCAAUCGACCGAAUUUUAUGCUCGAACUUCGAAAGACAGCGAGUGCUCUCACGAGUUUGCAGUCGAGGGUGUGUGAAGCUCGAGAGCAACAACAAAAUCUGGUGGCCAGUGUCGACCAACGAUUGAAGUGGGCCGCUGGGGCCAAUCCAGCUCUGACUGAAGUGAUGGCUGCAUUUGGCAAUGCUGUUUUGUCUUCCAAUGAUAAAUUGAGUCAUCAGAGGAGUCUUGCUAUUAAUGUGGCAAAUACCUGCAAUUCUAUUCUUCAUUAUGAAGCGUUGAGAACCAAGACCUCUGAAAGUAUGACUAAUGAUUCGAAUUUUGCAAAACUUAUGAAGCAGUGGGAAGAGAGUUGUCUGCUGAGGGCUAAUUUGUCGGUUAGUGUUUCGAUGAUCGAGGAGAGCCUUGUCGAGCUACUCCAACUGGAUAAUAAUAUUGAUGUUAAUUGGUUGAGGAAGGCGGAGAAAUUAAUAGCUGAUGCUAUUGUUGAGAAUCAGAAGACUCUGCAGGAGAAGCAGGAGCAGCAUGUAAGGAGUCAGGAGAGGCUCAGGGAGGAGCUGGGGGAGUUGCAAGAGACUCUGGGUGAACAUCACAGGCUUAUGACUGAUGUCAGGGGACUAUUGAGGACUAUGAUAAAGCAGGAGAAUAUCGUUGGGCUUCAGGAGUUUCUUACUGAGUACAGAGCCUUCAUGGAGAGCAUUUCCACGGUUGUCAAGGAACUUGAAGGAGAGAAUUUGGAGCAGUUGAGAAUUAUAGAGGCGAAAGUUGUUAUUGACUCGUUGACGGAGAAGGUCUCGAGUCUUUAUGAUGAACUCCUGGAGUUCGCGGGAGGAUCGAAUGGGGCUGGAGUUGUGGAAAACAUUAUCGCUGCUAAAAAGAGGGCCAAACUUGUGAGACAAGAUACGAGCGUGUGUCUCAGCCCGAGGAAGGGAAUUCCAAUGGCCAGAGAUCCAACGACAGGGAAAGCCGUACAAGAGAGAAAUGCCUAUGCCCUGAACGUGUGGCGACGAGUGCGAAUGAAACUAGAGGGACGUGAUCCAAAUUCAUCGAGAAAAUACACAACGGCUGAGCAAGUGGAAUACGUGAUCCGUGAGGCGCAGAGCACCGAUAACUUGGCACUGCUGUACGAGGGUUGGACUCCGUGGGUGUGAACGUCGCGGAUGUCGGCGCAACCGCGUCGUAUGGUUUGACUCGUUUAUCCACCUCAAAAUCAUAUUUGGUACCAACUAAUUUCGUACCAAAACCACGUAAAACUAAAAAGAAAAAAAAACUGCAGAAGUAAAAAAGGUACAUUGGGGCGAUGCAAAAAAAAAGGCCAGCCAAUGCUUCAGUUGCUUUGGGGCAAUAAUAGCGUGAUCAACGUGAUCAGUGAUUCGGUGUAUUUUCCAUAUGCACUUAUUGAAUCACGGAGAAUGACAAUGUCAAAACGUCGAGGCACCGGGGGUACGAGUAUGCGCGCUCUACGAUGAGUCGUUACGCAAAGAAAGAGCAGUAAUUAUCUCAUGCUCAUCGGUUACACGAGUAUCCUCUGUUUGCACACGUUUAAACGCAUGUCGAACGGCGUUUGUCUUCGAACGAAAAAGCAAAAAAAUGGAAACAUGAUUCAAGGAUUUCUAUGUUUCAACUUCUAUCAAUGGCAGUGAAAUGUUAACUUUUUUUUUUCUCUCUAUAUUUGGACCUACUGAUAAAUAUUCAAUUUCUCUGUUUACAUGAUGAAAAGGAAAGUCAGGCAGAAAUGCUUGUAUGUCACUUGAUAAGGCGGCGCUGAAAAUAGUUAGAAGUAAUGCAAAUCAAUUUUCCCUGCGCUUUUCAAUUAGCGGUGAAUAUCGAAGAGGACAAGUCUCUUACGUUCUUGGUUAAAAAAAUAUUAUUAUUAAAAGUAUUGGUUUUAGGGGAAAUUUGGAUUGAUUGAAUUGACAGUAAUUCUGAUUUCUCAUAUUUUCAAAUUUUGCGGAUGAAAUUUGAUCGCCGGAGGGGGACAUUUUUUGGAAAUUCAAUGUGGGUUGUCCUGUCGAUAAUAUUCAUCAUAAAUGAAAGCGUAGUUUUUAAUAGGUGGACACAAUUUACGGUAGCUGUAAGUCAAAAAAGGAUAAUUGGUGAUUUUUUUUGUAAAUUCAAAUCUCUAAUGAAGAAUCAUAGGCACGAGCUCUUUAAUUUUUUGAAAUUACACAACAGGUGAAAAAGGUAGGAAAGCAAAAUCAUAAUCGAUCGUUUAUUUGAUAUCAUUUAUUCGCGUAUCAGAAAUUAUUUCCCUCACUCGGGGGUAAUAAUCAUUCAAUUAUCAACAAAAACAUAAAACCACAAACAAUACAACACUAUCUCUUGACAAUUCCAAAGGACAUAGAAAUUUCUGAUAACCCAAUGGGAGAAAGUAAUACAAUAAUCUAGGCUCGAUUAAAUUUUUAUCCAAAAUCCUCGUCGCCGUUUUGGUGUGGGCGCCGCCGAGAAAAUAAUUAUCAAUAAAAUUAUUAUUCUAAAAAA